AUGGAUCUGCAAGUCCAUGGUUCAGGGACUCAGGACUCCUGGGUACAACUUGCUAUAUGCAUCGGACAAAGCGAUCGAGAUGUUACCGCGGUCAGAUUGCAAACUGACCAAGGAACAUUCUGGAUUGCGUCGGCAUAUCUCGGCCAUGACCAACUCGGCCUUCUCCCUGGCGAAAAACUACGGAGACUUGUAGCCGAUGCUGAAAGGCAAAAGAUCUGCCUCAUAAUUGGUUGCGAUACAAACGCCCAUCACACGGUCUGGGGAAGUACCAACAUAAAUGAUAGAGUAAGUAAUACUGGCAAUGAACCAACAUUCGUUACCAGAAACCGACAAGAGGUACUAGACAUUACUCUUUUCUCCGAUUCGAUUCGUCAAAGGAUCUUAAAUUGGAAAGUAUCUGAAGAACACUCGUUCUCUGAUCAUAGAUACAUCCAAUUUAGUCUUAACGAUGUAACUACUAAACAGUUAGCAUUCCGAAACUAUCGCAAAACUAACUGGCAAAAAUACAGGGAAACUCUGAAAAGCUUACUUAAACCCGAACUUCUAAGUUAUCCCUCAAAUACAAUCGAUCUCGACAACAAAGUCAAUGAUCUCACUUCUGCCCUUAACCUAUCAAUGAAUAACUCCUGCCCACUCAUACAACUCAAACAUCAUAAACAGAGUCGACCCAUCAGGGCCAGACACAAAUUCAAAAAACAAUCUCGGUCUGAUUACAAGAGAGAAGCUAAAGUGGGCCAUCAACGCCUUCAAACCAUACAAAUCCGCUGGACCGGAUGGUAUAAUACCAGCCGAACUCCAAAUGGCAUCAGAUAUUCUAAUUCCCAUCUUAGAGAUAAUUCUGAAUGGAUGUGUAAACUUGAAACACAUCCCUGCCCUAUGGAGAGAAGUUAA